AUGAGAAUAGAUUCGACAGGUGCUCAACCAACAAUACUUUCUUGUGCUGAAGUCAACUUCACAUCUAUUAGUCUUACCAGUGGUAAAUAUCUUCAACAAUAUUAUAUGGAUAGAUCACAUCUUAUAAAUGCUAUGUUAAAAUGUUCUGGUAACGAUUAUUAUGUCUUGGAGUCUCAAUCCGAACUAUAUCCUGGUCAAUACAAUAUUUCUAUUCUCAAUGCUGAAACAGGCGGAUUUACCCCCAAAGCAAGUUUUUAUAUUCCUGAACAACCAAGGAUUAUUUGGCAAUCCAACAGUAUAGAUCUUCAAAAUGGAUUGGCAUUUGCAACAUACUGUCCUUCUAAUACAUCAUAUCUCUCAAUUUUCAAUAUGAAUACUGAAACUGUUGAAACGAUAGAAUCAUCAAGUUAUUGUCAAUUGUAUGCUUUAGGAGCCUAUGAUUCAGCGAAUCAAUUGUAUUAUCUUUAUGGUUUUAAUACCGGAACGCUUAAAGCUUUAUCAUUUGGAGUAUAUUCGAUGAUUACCAAGAGUUUCACUUAUCACGAUAUUCCAUUCGAGAUGCAACAUUGGUCAUAUGUCCAAUCAGUAUUUGUUUAUCAAUCAACUGUUUAUGUUGGUCUCUUCCAAAAUUCUUAUUAUCAGCUUAUUACAGUUGACUGUGAUACAAAGACCACACGUAGUAUUUUCAAAGCUGAUUAUUUCCCAUUCGAGCAGUAUACCCUAGAUUUUGUUUUCGAUUCCAAUGGAUAUAUUGUGAUUAUUGCAAAAAAUCCACCUAAUUAUUCGAUUUUCACAAUCGAUCUUCAAACAGAACAAUACACUAACCACACAAUUCCAAACAUCGCAGCAGAACUCGCUGUCAAUUUCGAAAGCAAUAGUUGUUGUGCUCAAUAA